ACUAGGCUUGUUUCGUUACUGUCAUUGUAUUUGGAUUUUGUCCAUGUCUAUUUGGAUUGUUAAAUGCUGGUUCCGUUUUAAUUUUAUUUUCAUCAGCAAUUAAAAUGUCCGAUCUUUUUAAAUCUGCGUUUGGUUACUUUAGCAGUAACACGCCCGGUCAAGGAAAUGAAUUGGUUGGGCAAGUCGUUGAAAUCGGUAGUGUAAAAUUACGAGUGAAAAAAGUGAUUGCAGAAGGUGGAUUCGGGUUUGUUUUCGUAGCUCAGGCUGUUGACACCGGAAAGGAAUAUGCUAUUAAGCGGUUAAUGGCUGCAGACGACGAAUCUAACAAAGCCAUCACUCAAGAGAUUAACAUUCUUAAACAGCUGGCUGGUCAUCCCAACAUCAUUCAGUUCCUGUCUGCGGCUUUCAUAGACAAGAACCAAUCGGGGCAUGGCAUGGCGGAGUACUUAAUUCUCACUGAGCUCUGCAUCGGUGGCAGUCUGAUAGAUGUGCUGACUGCCCGCACUUCUCCCUUACCUCCGGACAUCGUCUGUCGGGUGUUCUGGCAAGUGUGUCAAUCUGUCAAACACAUGCACAGUCUCAGCCCGCCCAUCAUACAUAGGGAUCUCAAGAUAGAGAAUUUGCUAUUGGACAGUGAGGGGAAAAUCAAGCUUUGCGAUUUCGGAAGUGCUACAACACAGGCAUUCUAUCCUGAUAACAACUGGACGGCUCAGCAGAGAGCCAUGCUUGAGGACCAGAUGAACAGGUGUACGACGCCUAUGUAUCGAGCUCCCGAGAUGGUCGACACCUGGAACAACUACCCAAUAACAUCGGCCAGUGACGUGUGGGCUCUUGGCUGUAUGCUGUACAUGCUCUGCUACAAUAAACACCCGUUUGAGGACUCGGCCAAGCUGAGGAUUCUCAACGCCAACUACACGAUUCCCGCCGGGGAUGCAAAGUACUCUGACUUUCAUCCUCUCAUACGAGGAUGUCUACAAGUGAAUCCAGAAUAUCGUAUGACAGUCUCAGACCUACUGGAGAGAUUGGCAGCCAUUGCGGAAUCUCGCGGUGUCAACUUGCGGGAACCUCUCGCGUUGGAAGGCAAGCGGAUAGACUCCAACGCCCGACCAGCUGGUCCUCCCCCUGUGACAAACAACGUAGGGACUAACAACGGUCUGGACCGACCCCCACCACCGACACAGAUGCCUGCGUCUCCUCACAGGGCUCCCCCUCCACACCCACCCCCGCCUUCGAGACCUCCCCCAGUACAACAGCCGCUACCCCCGGCUAGUGGCAGUGGCGGUGGUCUGUUCUCUACCAUCAAAGGCGGGGCAGGCAGCUUCUUUAAAGGACUCAAAGAUACAUCUUCAAAAGUUGUUCAGACUGUCCAGCAGAGCAUGGCUCGUAGUGAGGUUGACAUCAGCUACGUUACGUCUCGGCUGGCCGUGAUGCCGUACCCAGCGGAGGGUUUGGACAUGACGACACGCAGUAACUACGCGGAGGACGUCAAAAUGUACUUGGAGACUGGACAUCCGGGGGCGCACUACUGUGUGUACAACGUCUCUGGCAGAUCCUACCCCGCUGGGCGACUGGGCAAGGGGAGAGUGGUAGAUUGUGGCUGGGGAGGAGUAUUGCGUAGAGCUCCUCCACUUCACUCACUCUACACCCUGUGUCAGGACAUGUACGAGUUUCUGACUCUAGACCCUCGUAACGUUUGCGUUGUUCACUGUAUGGAUGGCAAGGCAAGUUCGGCAAUGCUGGUGAGUGCCUUCCUUCUGUUUGUGGGGUUUGUCAAGAGUCCUGAAGACGCUCUACAACUGUUUGCAGUACGUAGAUGCCCUCCAGGACUUCAACCUUCUGAAAUGAGGUAUCUUCACUACCUAGCGGACGUUCUCAAGUCUCCUCCAUACUCGCCUCACUUCCAGCCCAUGAAGCUGGUGUCCAUCACCAUGCAGCCAGUCCCUCUCUUCAACAAAGUCAGGGACGGUUGUCGGCCAUUUGUGGAGGUGUACCAGGGAGAGGAGAGGGUAAUGACCACCCAGCAGGAAUACGAGCGGAUGACGUUGUUCAACAUCACUAACGGAAAGCGUGCUGUGUUCCAGAUCACGCUGCCUCUGAAUGUGACUGUGGUGGGGGACACAACGGUGGUGGUGUAUCACGCCAGGCACGUCCUCGGACGUCCGACAGGCAUCAAGAUCCUACAGCUACAACUGCACACCGGCUUCAUUGCUGGCAACACGCUCACGUUUAACAAGACCGAACUGGAUGACUUGUCGGAAGGAGAGCACUACCAGGGUGAGAAGUUCUCAGUGGUGUUGUAUGUAGAUCUGCUGGAGCCCACCGAAGCUUGUGUGACCCCAUGGCUCGGACAUCUAUCUCGCAACUACUCCUGCGACGUUCUCUUCUCAUCCACCAUGGAGGCGGAGGAGACGAGAGAAAACUUUGUCCCGUCUCCUCCAAAGUCUGGUCCGCCACCAAGACCUGCCCCGCCUCCCCCCCGGCCUGGCCCUCCGCCCAGACCUGUGCCCCCGCCUAGUGGUGCUCGACCUACGGAAUACAAAGACACCCCUGAAACACCACCCAUGAGGAGAGCUGAGGAAAGAGAAAGUUUACUAAACGACUCGGAAGGAGAGGCUGAUUUCCUGAAUUUGUCAACCUCAGAACCUCGGCAAGAAGAUCUGCUGAAUAUUAAUAACUCUAACGGAGGUAGCGGAGGGGGGAGUAGUAACGUAGACCUCCUCGGCUUUGGACAGUUUGUAAGCGCUACUGCACCUACGCCAAGUCAACCUGCUAACCCUCUGGUGUUUGAUCCCUUCGAGUCUGAUAACAACGUUAGGGAUGAUCUGCUAGACCCGACACUAAAGAACGCCAACAUCCAUCGGAACGUCAGUACGCCCAACCUGAUAGCAGACAACAUUGUGUUAACUCCGUCCCCUUCACCCAACCCCACGCCUAACCUGCUGGGAGGAGCGUGGCCUCCUGGGUCUGGGGGACCCACCAUGCCUCGCAACGUCAGCACGCCCAACCUUAACCGGGAUCCGUUUGCUGAUCUAGCAGGUAACUUGAGCUCCAGUCUCGGUGGAACUACCCCUGGACUGUCUCCGCAGCACAAGCCCACCUCCAGUUGGAACCCAACCCCCUACCCUCCCAGUACACCAGUCUACACCCCUGCUGGCAGUCCAGUGCAUCAUUCUAGGUCUCCUUGUGAGCCGAAUUACAGCAGAUCUCAUUUUGACAACGCCUUCAAACCUGCUGAGCCUUCAGGGAAGAAAGCUGGAGACGUUUUUGGAGACCUUCUAGGAAGUCAGGGUUAUGAGUUCUCUUCCAAAAAAGACAGCGGGCCCAGAACUAUAAAUGAAAUGAGAAAAACUGAACUAGCCAAAGAAAUGGACCCUGAAAAGUUGAAGGUCAUGGAGUGGACGGAAGGAAAGACUCGUAACAUCCGAGCAUUGUUGUGCUCCAUGGACCGAGUGUUGUGGCCAGACUGCAAGUUCAGAAUCGAGAUGGCACAUUUAGUCACUCCCGCAGACGUCAAGAAGGCUUACCGCAAAGCGUGUAUUGCCGUUCAUCCGGACAAGCACAUAGGAACGCCCAAUGAGCAAAUUGCUAAGCUAAUUUUCAUGGAGUUGAACAAUGCGUGGAGCGAAUUUGAGAACGAUGCGAGUCAGCAAAACAUGUUCCAGUAGUCGGACCAUGGGCGUUAACUCUGUACAUGGGUGCAAAACUAGACAAUAGCUACUUAGAUGUACUAUAACCAAUCUAGUUGUCUGUCCACUUUCUCAACUCCAAUGUACACUACUUACACUCUAUUACGUUUACUUGGAUCGUGGAAACAAUCGUCGCGAUCCUCACUUAAACAGCUUUGCCAACAGUUGCUUUAAUUAUUGUAAGUUAACCUAUUAGCUACCUGCUCAAAAGUAUAUUUUAUCAUGUUUUGAUGUUAGAAUUAUUUUUAUAUGACUGUUUUCAUAGAUUAUUAAGGUUAGCGAUAUUUUUGUGAUCCUAUAGGGUGUUGACUUACGAAUUAUGUUCUUAACGCAAUAGUCGAUGAUAUUAAUUUUGUAGGUUAAGUUAUUUUUUAUGUUUAAUCUGUGUGGAAUUCCCUUUCAAGUUUAUUGUAAUUGUUUAUUCCUGACAUUCCUUUUAUAAACGUUUAUUUUUUUAUGUGGGGAUUUAAUAUUUUAGUGAGUAUGUAAUUUUGUUUUGUUUUAGAAGAAGAUAGAAUGUGUUACCAAGAUUAAAUUUAUCUUAAAAAUUUACCCUUGUAAUAAAUGUGAAAACUGUGUGUUAUCUAUAACCAACUGACAACUAUAUCUUCAUUCUUUCUUAUCAUAUAUUUUUAGCGAUUCCUUACUUAAUUAUUUACUAAAUUAUUUAAUGUUUAAUUUAGCAAUUAGUUAUAUUCAAAGAAAUUCCAUUAUAUUAAUUGUUUUUAAUCUCUCGUCUUAUGCAAAACCAUUGCAUCGAUCUCUUGGCCCAUCAAGAAGUAGUGUUUCACAUCGCCUUGUGUUAGUUGUUUAUAAUAUUUGUAAAUAGUUUAAUGUAAAUAUUUGUACCUGUAUUAUUUUUAUUGGAAGUUAGGAUUUAGUUGAAAUCCAGGAGCCCUCAGAUUGUUUUGCCUUGUUGUAAUAUUCUGUGGUGUUUCUGUUCCUAAUAAUGUAUAGUAUUACAUUGCAUUUGGUUCUCUCUGAAGAUGACUCAAAUUAAUGUAAAAUAUUUAUCACCAGUUUGAAAUUGGGCAUUAUAUUCUACUUGAUAUUAGCAUAGACAAAUAGAAUAAAUAUAGACCGUCAGCUGUGCUGGGGUUAGCAUAAGUUCUGGUAUCCACCGCUAGGAUUGCCGUGUGGUUAUGGCGCACACCGCUCCAGCGUCUGCUGGUAGUAUAUGGCGAGCAGCGAAUCGAACACCAUGGCACAUCGCGAACAGUGGCACAUUGCGGAACCUUCCUUAGACAGUCUAUAUUAAAUUCUAUUUGUCUAGAUGAUAUUAGUGAUGUGUCAACCGAUAAUUGAGACCAUCGAAACUUUAGAAAAAGUCGAAAACAGAUCUUUUGAUCGGAAGUCUAAACAGAUUUUAAUCCAAAAGUACAAUGAAAAUGAUUCUUAUUCUUGUAAAACAUCAAAAGUCUUGCUAACGCUGGCACACAGUUUUACACCGGAACAUUAUUUGAUAUUAACUGUUGUUUGUUGAUCCUAUUGCUAUAAAAAUUUGGUAGCAUUAUACCAAUCAUGAGAACAAUUAUCUAGUAUGCUGCACAAUUUGUUUACAAUGCUGGGAUUUCCGUAGUUUGACAAUACUUGUAUUUGUGCGUGAUUUAUUGAAGGUAUGAAUAAAAUAGUUAAACUAAACCACACUACAAGCUAUUUAAGGUUAAAAAUAUAGUUACCUAUAGAACUGUGUGAUACACAUUUUACUUACCAUUUCUUAUGUUGUAUACAUAACGUUUAUUGUAAUCCUUAAAUUUAUCACUUAAUUAUUUUUUAGAUACAAUGAUUUUGUUCUGUAUUUCUUAUUAUAAUUGCAAUAUAAAUAUUUUGUAUAGAAUACUACUUUAUUUUAUAUAGAGAAGUGGUGAAUUAUUUUUAUUUUACAAAUUUGUAUCAUAAAAUAUAAAAUGUAUUGGUGCAAUAUUAUGAAAACAGUGUUACCCUGUAUCAUUGGCUCAGUGAAAAAAAAUGUUCCCAUACUUCUUAGGAAUACACACCAAAUAAAUAUUUAAAUGUAUCUUAAUGUAAAGUAAUAUUACCUUAAUUAUGUGUAUAAAUAAUUUAUACGAAACAUUACAAACAACUUUUGACUACAUUAUUAUGCACUAAGGAACCAAACCUUUAUUUGAACAAAACAAAUCAGAAGCUAUAACAAAUGGAUACGUCUAAGUGUUGAAAUUAUUUAACUAUAUUUAACAAUAAAGGAGUACAGCAGUAACAUGUCAUACAUUCGGAACAAUGUUAUAGAAAACAGGCUGUGACAUGUUUCAAAGCGGCUGCAUGUGUCACACAGUUGGCCAUCUGAACCAUGUAAAUUCUAGCCUAAAGUAUCUGAAUGAUUCAAGUUUCGCUGCGCUGCAUUUCCCUCAUCUUACACAAUAUACGUUUUUGUUUAUCGCUCGACCAUUAAUCUGUUCCGAGAGAUUAAUUAUGCCUUAAUGGCAGUGUUGAGUGAAAAGUCUUACUGACAAUAUAUUACUCUAAAUUAUUACUAUCUGCGAUUUUCCUAACGAUUAAAAAUAAGUUGAAUUAUGAGUUAUUAUUGUGUAUGUUUACUUUUUUGUUAACAUUAUGUUGUUUGUACUUUCAAUAUAUAUUUUUGUUUACGUGAAACUGCCUUGAGUUUAAAGAAAAACAUUUUGAUUGUGUCUAUAAUCAUAUUAUGAUUGAACAACACUUUUGGAAUAGAUACAUUUUUAUUGAGGUUAUAUGUUUCCCUACCUUGUAAAGAAAUGUAUGAAAUAAAUAUUAUACUGUUACUGUUA